ACCACGAUUAUAAGAAAGAGUGAGGUUUGUUAUCAAAUGUCCACCUUUUAUAAUUUCUUUUCUAUCAAGCAAGCAGGAAUAAUUGUAUCCAAUAUUGUUUGUGUUUGGUCUCGGGAAUCGCAAUGGAUGAGAGAAUGAGGGAUGUUGCUGAAACGGGUGACAUUGAAGCCCUGUAUGCACUAAUUCAGGAGAAUUCAUUUGUUUUAGAGAGCUUUGACAGAUUUCCUUUCGUUGACACUCCACUACAUAUAGCAGCCUCUAAAGGGCACAUUGAUUUUGCUAUGGAAAUGAUGAACUUAAAGCCAUCAUAUGCAAGGAAGCUAAACCCAGCUGGGCAAAGCCCCAUGCAUCUUGCCCUGUUAAAUUGCCAAAUUCAUGUAGUACGUGAGCUCCUCAAAGUUGAUAAAGAUCUUGUCCGUGUCAAAGGGAGGGGCAGUUUGACUCCUCUGCAUUAUGCAGUGGAGAAGGGGAACCUGGAUCUUAUAGCUGAAUUUCUUGAGGCUUGCCCCGAAUGCAUUACAGAUGUGACCAUUCAAGGCCAGAAUGCCAUACAUAUUGCGAUAAGCAACAAUAACUUUGAAACUCUGGAACUUCUGGUUUGUUGGCUUGAAAAGAUCACUCACAAAGAUGCUGACAUUUGGAAUAAACAAGUCCUCAACGGAAUAGAUCGGGGAGGAAACACAGCUCUACAUAUAGCUGCAUCCAUUAAUCAUCCUCGGAUGGUAGGAUUAUUAUUAGAAAGUAAGAUGAUCUCCAAGAACGAAGUCAAUUUGAACGACCAUUCAGCUUUGGAUAUGUUAUCCGGCCAAGUUAACAAAAGCGAAACUGCAAACAUUCUUCGUCAAGCUGGAUGUCUAGAAGCUAAAAGAAUUCCUGCGCGUCAAACAUUAGCAGAGUCAUUGAGAACAAGAAUGUCUUGGUCACAGAAAUUACGAAGAACAAUGGUGCGGCAGAAUAACAUGAUAUCUAGUGACAUGAGGAAUGCUAUGCUGGUAGUAGCUGUACUGAUCCUAACAGCUACCUACCAAACAUGUCUUAGUCCACCUGGAGGUGUUUGGCAGGGUAACUUAGGCGACAACGAUUCUGGAAACUCAACGUCGACGGAACCUGCCACUCCCUCAAGUCUACCCAAUCUCCGAAACAGGCAGUUCAGCUUGCCUUCUUUCCAAGCCACUAAUGCCACUAAUGCCACUGAAAGUAAGGUCGGGCUCUCAGUCAUGACCACACCUAAUUUUAUAUACUUAUAUCUUAUAAACACUGCAACCUUCUUGACUACAACAAGCGUAGUGUUUCUCCUACUUCCUAAUAAUACAAUAAACCUGCUUACCUUACCAGUCAUGUUAUUCAUUCUCUGCUACUUGCUGUCAAUGAUGUACCUAGCUCCAUUUCCAUUUCCAAUUCCAUUUUCCUCUCUGCUUCAACCAUUUGCACCUAUUAUUGUUGCCACUCUGCUCUUCCUUGUUGUGUGUUUGCCUAAGUUUUUCAAUCUUAAUCUCCAAUCUUAAGGGGCUAGUUUGAAUGUUUCUGAUUAUUAAGAUUAAUGCAUGUUAAUUUUCUUUUUGGGUCAGCAUUAUGCAUGUUUUCUUGUAUAAGAACUUUGAUCAUCAAAAUGAAAGUUAUCGCACGCUUGUAUUUGCAUUUUGCUUAUUACUAGAUAUCUUCUUAACUAAUAUGCUACUUUUCAUGUUGAGUACUUUUUAUCUCCUGAAUCAUGAAUAGACCAUGAUGUUCCCA